AUGUCGGCUAAUGCCAAACCGGAACCGUCGGCUCGAGAAGAAGAGCUUGAUGAAGAAUUUAAGACGCUCAAGUAUCAUCUGCUUGGACCAUCCUUGACCAAAGCUGGCCAGGACAAGGUCAAUCAGAAUAAGGUCUCCGAGAUAAUCUACAAUGCCUCCAAGGGCUCCAAGUUCUUCAAUCGUGAAGAAGCCCGUGACAAGGUCCUCACCCAAAAAAUUGAACAAUUGCUCGACCGAAAGAAGCAGCUCGAUAACCAUGACCUGUCGUGCGAACUUCGGAGAGUCGAUCGCCUUCUUGCCGAACUGGAAUCCACGAGAGACUUGACGCAAUAUGUGGUCCAUGUCGACUGCGAUGCAUUUUACGCUGCUGUCGAGCAACUUGAGCGCCCCGAGCUCAAAGACGUGCCAUUUGCUGUUGGCGGAGGUGUCCUAACGACCUGCAAUUACCUUGCUCGCCAGUUCGGAUGCCGUUCUGGGAUGGCCGGGUUUGUGGCUAAGAAGCUUUGCCCGAACCUGGUUCUCAUCAAACCGAAUUUCGAGAAGUAUACCGCCAAGGCUCGUGAAAUCCGAGAGGUGCUUGCUGUAUAUGAUCCCCACUUCGAGGGUGCUAGCAUCGAUGAGGCGUACCUCAAUAUCACAGAGUACUGCAUCGAGAAAAACGUGGACCCCAUCGAGACUGUGGACAAGCUGCGGCGGGAGGUGCACGAGAAGUCCCAGGUCACAGUUUCUGCAGGGAUCGCAGCUAAUUCAAAGCUGGCCAAGAUAUGUUCUAAUAUGAACAAACCUAACGGGCAAUACGUGCUUCCCCACGACCGUAGUGCUAUUAUGAAAUUUAUGCACGAGCUACCUACUCGAAAGGCUGGUGGUAUCGGCCGUGUUCUGGAACGUGAGCUUCUCGAGAUUGGCGUCAAAACUUGUGGUGAUCUCUACGAGUACAGGCAGUACCUCCAGCCGCUAUUUGGGGAGAAGACAUCCGCUUUUCUUCUCAACUGUUACCUUGGACUAGGCAGGACUAAGAUACAACCCGCCGAAGAUUAUGAACGGCGGAGUAUCGGUACGGAAAGGACCUUUGGGGAGCUUUCAGAUCCAGAAAAAGUGAGGGAAAAGCUGCGGAGCACUGCUGAAGAUCUGGAAAAGGACAUGAAACGGGCAGAAUGCAAAGGCCGGACAAUAUGUUUAAAAGUGAAGCUUCACACCUUUGAGGUCUUCACCCGACAAGUCGUCACGCCCUACGCAAUAUGCCUCGCGGAUGACCUCUACAACAACGCUCUACCAAUGCUAAGAAAACUCGAGCAAGGAAGGUCUGAACUGAAACUCAGACUCAUAGGGCUCCGCUGCACCAAUCUUGUCAGUACAAAGCGCCCUAACACAAUGGCAUUUUUUGGCCUAAAGCGACGUGAAGAGGGCGAUUCUGGACCAAUUAGACACAAGAGAAAGACCAGCCAAUCAUUAUACGGCAUCGAAGAAUGGGAACAGUGGCCGGGAGAACAUCAUUUUAUCGAGGCCGAGGAAGACUCCCUUGAUGAGAUACCUUCACUGGGCUGGCGGGCGGACCGCAGCCGCCUGGAAUCCAGACACCAGACUACUACUCCCGGCCAGUCUAGGAACGGACUACCAACGCCUACAGAGCCGUGUUGGGAUUGCCCAAUAUGCCGACGGCCUAUGGCUGCGGACGAGCGUCUGUUCAACCAACACAUUGACUUAUGCCUUUCUCGACAAACAAUCCGAGAGGCAGUGCAAGCAGAUGAGGCAAACAAUGACAGACGACCGCCAGAGCACAAAAAGCCCAGGGCCUUGGACAAAAAGAAGGGACGGGCCAACUGCAUCGAUCCGAAACAGAAGACUCUGACUUUUGGACAGAAGGUUCAAUGA